UUGUUUGUCCACGCACACACACACACACGCCACCACUGCUUGACAACUAAUGUUAGUGAAUUCACCACUUUGUAACUUAGCAGUUCAGCAAAAGAGACUGAUAGAAUAAUUACCAAGUUUAGAAAAUAGUUACUGGGGUUGAUUUAUUCAACUAGAAUCCUUCAAAGUGGUGCCCCAGCAUGGUCGCAGUCUAAUGACUGAAACAAGUAAAAGAAGAAAGUUGAAUCGAGUGAUUUUGCUAACACAGUAAUGCCUGGAGAUAUCAUCAUCAUCAUCAUCAUCAUCGUUUAACGUCCGCCUUCCAUGCUGGCAUGGGUUGGACAAUUUGACUGAGGACUGGUGAAACCGGAUGGCAACACCAGGCUCCAAUCUAAUUUGGCAGAGUUUCUACAGCUGGAUGCCCUUCCUAACGCCAAUCAUUUAAUAUUCAUUUUCAUGCCGGGUUGAGUUGGACGGUUUGACAAGAGCUGGCCAGCCUGGAGCUGUCCAGACUCCAAUUGUCUGUUCUGUCAUGGCUGCUCUUCCUAAUACCAACCACCUUACAGAGUGUACUAGGUGCUUUUUACAUAGUGCCAUCACUAGUGCUUUUUAUGUGGAACCCUCACCAGAGCUUUUUAUGCAGAGCCCUCACCAGGGAUUUUUAUGUGGAACCUGCACCGGUGUUUUUAUGUGGGGCCCUCACCAGUACUUUUUAUGUGAGGCCCUCACCAGUGCUUUUUAUGUGAGGCCCUCACCAGUGCUUUUUAUGUGGAGCCCUCACCAGAGCUUUUUAUGUGGAGCCUUCACCAUGCUUUUUAUGUGAAGCCAUCAAUAAUGUUUUCUACAAGGCACCAACACCAGAGCUUUUCAUGUGGAACCUGCACCAGUGCUUUUUAUGUAGCCCCAACACCCACACCAAUGCUUUUUAUGUGGCACCUUGGUUUUAUAAUCUCAAUUCUGUUGUGGUGGGCAAAUCUUCUCAAGUACAGCAGUGCACCACAUAUCACAGACCGCUGUCAUCUCCUUUGGCGAACAGAAGCAAUGCUGGAGGAGGAGAAUUCAGCCCAUGUCGAUGGACUAUCCAGUAAAAUAUCGCGACUAAAAGGGUUGGCGUUAGACAUAGAAUCUGAUACAAAAGAUUCUAACAGAUAUCUUGAUGGAAUGGGUGGGUAAAAUUCCUGAGAUCCAUGAACGAGAUCUUUCCAAUGGUCUUUGUCCCUCAUCAUUGCUACCAUGUAUUGUGUUUACCAGAGACGAGUGUCUGUCCUUAGGGCAUCAGCAUAUAUCAUCCUUGGUCUCCUUCUUCUAGUGUGACCAUGUAGAGGAUCCCACAGGAGCACUGAAUGACAGUGAGUAUGUCUAGCUAACCUCAGUCCCUCUGUGUUAUUUUUAAGCUAACUUUUGGGAGGUUCUUGUACAGCUCUGAGUUCUUCAUUCUCAGCAUAUAAUGAUUAAUAUUCAGAGCCAUCCUCUGCAUUCUUGUGUAGCUCCCAUCCACCAUCUGAAUGAGUUUCUUGGUUAGUGUCCGAGUCUCAGACCUGUACAACAGGAACAGACUCUACUGCAGCAAUGAAGAGAUGGAUCUUCAGGUUUUUAUGAAGGUCCGACUUCCAUACAGAUCUCAAACCACGGCAUGCUGCCCAGGCUUUGCUCUUUCUUUCAACUAUAUAAUCCUCUGUGUUGCCAAUCUUUGCUCCCAGAUACAGGAAGUCUUCAACCAACUCUAGUGGCUUCCUGCCUACAUUCAUAAUCUUCUCCGGCUUCUUAAUCUUCUUUGCCAGAUACAAUAGUCCACUAUAACAAUAUUUAUACCUACACUACACUUCAAUCAGUUUGAUCUCUGACCAUCAGCUGUUUUAUUCCAUCUCUCACCUCAUUUUUCAUCUAAUCCCUUUUCAUCCCCCAUCAUCUCUUCUUUCAUUUCAUUUCCUCUCAUCUUUCAUUUCAUCUAUCAUCAUCUCCUAUCUUCUUUUAUUUCCUCUCAUCUCUAAUCUUCUUAUAUUUCAUUUCUUUCAUUCUUUCAUUUCAUCUCUUUUACUCUUUUACUUGUUUCAGUCAUUUGACUGUGGCCAUGCUGGAGCACCACCUUUUAGUCGAGCAAAUCGACCCCAGGACUUAUUCUUUGUAAGCCUAGUACUUAUUUUAUCGGUCUCUUUUGCCGAACCGCUAAGUUACGGGGAUGUAAACACACCAGCAUCAGUUGUCAAGCGAUGUUGUGGGGACAGACACACAAACAUACACACACACACACACACACACACACAUAUAUACAUAUAUACGACAGGCUUCUUUCAGUUUCCGGGGCUAUAGUAGAAGACACUUGCCCAAGGUGUCACGCAGUGAGACUGAAUCCAGAACUAUGUGGUUCGUAAGCAAGCUACUUACCACACACCCACUCCUACGCCUCUUUCAUUUUUUUCAUUUCAUCUCACCUUAUGUCAUAUUGUCUCGUGUCAUCUCAACCUCAUCUAACCCUUCCUGUUGUCGUUUCAA